UCAGGAUCAGGAAGGAUCGAAAAGUUACCAUACUUAAGAGAGAGUAUCGUUUUAUCCAUUGCCUGCACACUUUACUAAUAACAAUGAGGAGUGUAUACUGUAUGGUCGGACUAUUUUUUAUGUUGCUGCAAGGAAGCUGGCAAAAUCCCAUCCAUGAAACAGAAGACAAAUCCAGAUCAGUCAAAGCCGCAAGGAAUGAAGCUCUAGAUGGUUCAGAACAGCUCAAUGAAGUAAAGCGUCAUUCGCAAGGCACAUUUACUAGUGAUUACAGCAAGUACCUAGACUCGAGGCGCGCUCAAGACUUUGUCCAGUGGUUAAUGAACUCAAAAAGAAGCGGGGGGAUUUCAAGACGCAAUGUUGAGUUUGAGAGACAUGCAGAAGGUACAUAUACCAAUGAUGUGACCCAAUAUUUGGAAGAAAAAGCAGCCAAAGAAUUUAUUGACUGGCUGAUAAAAGGAAAACCAAAGAAAUGGAGGUUUUCAAGACAUGCAGAAGGAACUUUCACCAAUGACAUGUCCAACUUCUUGGAAGAGAAAGCAGCCAAAGAAUUUGUUGAUUGGUUAAUUAAAGGAAGACCAAAAAGGAAUUACUCUGAAAUGAACAGCAUUGAAGAAAUGGGCAGAAGACACGCCGAUGGCAGUUUUACAAAUGAUGUCAACAAAGUCCUAGAUAUUAUUGCAGCACAAGAGUUCUUAGACUGGUUAAUUAACACCAAGGUUACUGAAAGGGACCUACUGGAGGAACAAUAAAGCAGGACAGACAUACCUCUGACAAAGAACUAUUCGGCUGCCACUUGGAAAUGUUAAUUUUGUAUUCUGUACAUUCAAGCAGGUGUAUCAUAAAGCCAUACGGUAUAGCUCUGCAUGCAAAGUAAAUGGGAUUUACACUAGUGUUUUCUUGUUGGGGGAAAAAAGAAAAGUUUAUUGUCAAAUGCACAUUUAGCAAUGACCUAUUAUAUUCUGGAACCAGCUUUUCCAUCCAUCCAGCGCUCCGAGGGCUCAAGUCCAAAAGUGCCACUUUGUUGCCCAGAUAGUUGAAGCUAAAAAAAAAAAAAUAUAUAUAAAAAAAAAAUAAAAAAAUGAAAAAGGUAAUAAAAAUAUAACUUGUUUAAAUUUAAGAGAAAUAACUUAUUUUUCUAGUUGAAUUGUAUAUAGAAUUUGCUCCAAAUCAAUGGUGUCAAAGUACGGAAUGGGUUACCCUGUUUGAAACAUUUAUUAUAAAGAUGCUAAGCUUUCAGAAUAUUAACUAGUAGCCUUAAAUAAAGUUUUUUCAAGCUUCA